UAUAGUGUUAAAUUAUACCAAUAAAGAUGAUGUAGCAAGCUUAGCGAUAGUUGAUUUAAACAAGUAAAUUCAUUAUUUUUGAGAUACCAGCUGAUCUCAAAGCGUAGAGCUCUGAGAUACACUACUCACAAUGCAGGCAGCCGAAACUGAGCCCAAGCGUACCAAGAGUUAUAUUUAUGAGGUAUACCGACUUUUAGAGGAAAAGCCAGGGGUUGAAGAAAUAUUAAUCAUGAAUCGUUCCGGUGUGCCGAUCAAAACGUCAAUGGAACGCCAAGACGCACUUCAACAUGCCUGUCUUUAUGAGAAUUUGCGUGAAAAGUGUCAGGCAUUUCUAUCAAAAAUGGAGCCACCACAGCUCCUGACCAUGUUGCGAGUCCGGACCAGAUUCCACGAGGUCCUGCACCUGAUGGCAAGUGCAAAAUCCAAAGGAUACACAUCUUAAGGUUGAGGAUCUAAAUCGUCAUUCCUCCAAUUUUUAAAUAAUUGCUCCUACAUAUAUCUACGUUGUUAGUCAUCCAACUUCUUACACGUAAAACAUUCUUCUCACUUUGUACACAGCCCAAACACAACAAACUGUUCAUUUAUGUGACUACCUGAAUAUAAAUUCAAUCAAACAAGUAAUAAAUAGUCCUCAGAGCUUCAGCUUAAAAACAAAAUAUAUUCCAAAAACAGAUGACAUUUUCUGACCAACAGAAAGUAAAUAUAUUCUUGUACUCGUAUUUAUAAAACACAUUUCAUUUUCAUACUCUUCAGUAUGUA